AUGGGAUUUGUCGCAAUGAUUGGUUGUAAUGAUUUUUUAGCAUGUUUUGUUGCUGGAACUUCUUUCACCUGGGAUGAUUGGUUUCGAACGGAAACAGAAGAAGCUCAUUUACAAGAAGUCAUUGAUAUGUUAUUAAAUUUAGCAGUAUUUGUAUUUAUUGGAUCAAUUAUUGAAUGGAGAUCAUUUCAUUUACAAAUACACAUUUGGAGAUUACUUGUACUUUCAUUAUCGGUAUUAUUAUUAAAGAGAAUGCCAAUAGUAUUUUUAUUUUCUAAAAUUAAAUUAUUACCAGCAGUUAAAACUUGGCGUGAAGCUUUAUUUACUGGAUGGUUUGGUCCCAUAGGUGUUGUUUCAAGAUUACAAAUAAUUAAAUUUGGUCAAGAUAUAGUAAUUGAUAAGAGAUCGAAAAAAACCAAUGGAGAUAUUGUUAAUAAUGAAGGUGAAGGUAAUAAAGAUGAAGGUGAUAAUAAAGAAGAUAAUCAAGAAGAAGGAAGAGUAAGAAUUGAUAUAACAAAUCCCGAAGAUAGAAAUUCUCAAGAAAUUGAUAUCACUGAACCAACAUCAUCAUCAUCGACUUCACAACCACCAAUUAAAAGAGGAUCAAUGAGUUCAAAGUAUGCAAUUUGGGAUGAAGGAGAUAAUUAUAUUAUUGAAAAUUAUGAAGGUGAAGAUAUUAGAGUUGUACCUUCAUCGUCGAUAACAUCAGAUAUAAAUGAAUUUGUAUCCUUUAACAUUUCUUGA